AUGGCAGCGGGGGGGCCGUCGGGGCCGACGGGUCCCGGGAUGGCAGACAUGAUGCCCAUGCUAGCUGUGCCGCACGACUCGCUGCGGCAAGGACUGCCCUCGUACAAGCAGGACGCCCAGGCCUUCCACCCGCUGCAGAGGGCGCUCGCCGCGCAGCAGGCCGCGGAGCCGCGCCAGAAGUUCGACCAGAUGCGCAACAUCUACGGCCUCGCGCUCCCCGCGCGCCUAGAGAUGGAGAAACAGAUCCUCUCGAGGCCCACGCGGCUUCCCGGGCUCGCGGACGCGGGCUCCAAGCUCGGCCUCGACUCCGCCACGGGCAGGCUCGACACCAUCGACAUCUCAGACGUUCUCAACCGGAAGGAGGAUGAUCCGUGCCCACAGCCGGACGGUCACUCGGUCAUGGAGGCGCGCCUGGGCAUCGCAACGAAGCCCGCGGCGCGCGGCAUCGCGUAG